CACCCGCUGACAAACGCUGAUACCACCCAGCCUGCAGCUGACAGAGGGAACGACAGAACGAGCAAGCCCUAGCCUCCAACCGACAAAUAUGACGAACAGGAUCUACAUCGGGCACCUUUCCCCGCACACGCGGGACAGGGACCUCGACCGGGCGUUCGGCAGAUACGGCAGGAUCGAGAAAAUUGAUGUCCGGAUGGGGUUCGCCUUCAUCGAGUUCGAGGACCGCCGCGACGCGGAGGACGCUGUCGCCGAAAUGGACGGCCGCGAGUUCGACGGUGCGCGCAUCGUCGUCCAGCCCGGCCGCGGGCACCGCCCCAACGGCCCCAAGUUCGCUACCCGCCGCACGGAGCACCGCAUCACCGUGGAGGGCCUUGACUCCCACACCAGCUGGCAGGAUCUCAAGGACUUCGGGCGGCAGGCAGGCCAGGUGCUCUACAGCGAUGUCUUCUUCCGACAAGGCCGCCGCUGGGGGGUUGUGGAGUACGUGUCACGGGACGACAUGAAGGCGGCCAUCCGCACCCUUGACGACACACGACUCGGCGGGAAGUACAUCCGCGUGAGGGAGGAGAACAGCGGUCGCGACAGCCGCUCUCGCAGCCGCUCCCGCAGCCGCUCCCGAUCCCGCCGCCGCUCCCGCAGCUACUCCCGCUCCCGCUCCCCGCCCGCCCGCCGGCGCGAGCGGUCGCCGUCGCCCGAUGACCGGGGACGGGGGCGGGGGCGCGCCCGCGACUACAGCCGCAGCCGUAGCCGCUCUCCCGCCCGCCACAGCCGCAGCAGGAGCCGUCACUCUCGCUGA